UGCGCAGAACGCGUUGCCUGACAGUGGUAAACAGACGUCAGAAGGGAGUCUUCGCCUCGAGUCAAAACAAAACAAAACAAAACAAGUCAAAAAGAUAAAGAAGGAGUGGAUAUUUGGGCCGCCACAACGACAGGAAGUUCUCCAAAAGUCAUUACUGAUUAAUAACGGCUACUUGGGGGAAGUUAUCGGAGGCAUUUCACGGACUUUUUCACGGAUUGUAAACUCUGAAGUAGCAGGAGCUUAACCAGCUAACGUUACGGUGGCUAUCGUGCAGUUUUGAAAGUGCGGCGAGUUGAAGCCGACAGACCUUCGAGGCGACCCAACUUCACUCAACACCCGGGAAUUCGCUUUGUAGUAAGUUUGCCGAGACCGCGGGGGGAAGAUCGACUAAGCUCCGGGCCUCGGUCGAGAGGGGUUUCAUACCCGCUUCUUCGAGCAUCGUGUGCCGCGGCAGGAGUGUGGAGAAACAUGGCAGAUGGUGACAUGCGCCUGCCCGCAAUGUGGCGGAUCGUGCGGACCUGAAGCACGGACUUUUCAUACGUACAUUUCCCUCACCACCUUCCCCCUUUUUUCAUUAACUUAACACUAUUUAACUUUUACAUAAAGGCGCUAUCCCUCUCCUCUUCCCUCAUGUGAAAUUUCUGUUUGUGUGGGUAGUUUUUUACGCACAGGCCGAAGAGACAGCGGACAACGUCUCGUUACUGUUUUUUUUUUAUAUACUUUUCUGGCGGUUGGCGAAGAAAACCGUUGCUGUCACAUUUUGCCGUUUUACGUUUUUACACUUUGGUUUAACCGGACCGGUUUUUGACUGUUUGGGGAUCAUAUUUUGUUCAUAAAGAUAGAGGUUUUUUGGGUCGUGGAGAUCCUCCAGACAUCACGUUGUUUACAAGUGGAGACGGACAGGGCUCUCAUGAGAAGCCCCUUUGUAACAGUAGCCAGCUAAUCCCUGUUUGUAGUCUUCGUACAUACUGUAGUUUUGCAGUAAAACUAAUGUAGUGUGACACGUUUGGUGCAACAUAAUCCAUAAUUUGGAUUUUUCCUUGACAUAUUGUUACAUUGUGAGAAAUAGUUUUAUGGAUACUUUUUACAACAUUAAACCCUUUGACAAAUGUUUAAAUAGUCUAUUAACAGGAAUGGCAUUAUUUUGUAUUCAUAUACUAAGAUUGUGUUAUUCAUUUUCAGGUGAGCCAACACCUCUGUAGAUCCAGAUGUUUUGGUGCUCACUGCCACUCUGCCACUUUUGUUUUUAUGUCAUUCAAACAAAGGGAAUCUCAUCCCAGCCCUCCUUCAUUCUAUAUACAUCGGAAGGUUUAUGAUAGUUACUAUUAAGGAGAUUAUUUGGGUUCCCUAAUCUCCAAUCUGAGGAUUAACCGAGGCCAUUGGUGUGUCCAGAUUAUUACGUCUCUUUUCUAGGCCCCUCUGUUUACGCCCCCGCAGUGGCUCAAGCGUAUUGUUUUUGUCAGGAAGUUUUUUUUAACGCAUUAAAGACUCAAAGCUAACUUUACAUUUUUAAGGUAGAUGUUUUAGGUGGUCCCUUUUUUUUUUUUUUUUUUUUUUUUGAGUGGAAGUUCAGAGGACCGCAAUGGAUGAGUCCUCGGUACCCCCGAUUGACCCAGAUUUCGAGCCGCAGAGCAGACCCCGCUCUUGCACGUGGCCCCUGCCGAGACCCGACAUCUCGGCUGUCAAACCGGAGGGGGCGGAUGGCACCGAGUCCGCCGCCGGCACCCCGCCCGCGGACGAGGACAAGCCCGAGCCACAGCAAAUCACGUCCGAGCCCGAGAAGGCUGCGGCCGAGGGCGGGGUCGUGGCCGGCGUGGGCGGAGCCGGCGCUACGCCCCGCAAGGGAUCAUCCCGGCGCAACGCCUGGGGGAACCAGAGCUACGCAGAUCUCAUUAGCCAGGCCAUCGAGAACUCGCCUGACAAGAGGCUGACCCUGGCACAGAUCUAUGAGUGGAUGGUGAAAACAGUGCCUUACUUCAGAGACAAAGGAGACAGUAACAGCUCUGCUGGCUGGAAGAAUUCAAUUCGCCACAAUUUAUCACUCCACAACAAGUUUUUGAGGGUACACAAUGAAUCGACAGGAAAGAGCUCCUGGUGGAUGCUCAACCCGGAAGGAGGGAAGACUGGGAAAGCUCCCCGCCGCCGGGCCGCCUCCAUGGACAACAGCAGCAAAUUGCUGAAGAGCCGCAUGAGGGCCAAGCAAACCAAGAAGCAGGCGGGAGCAGCCGGUUUGGGUGGAGGGGCGCUGCAAGGGGAUGGAAGCACAGGCUCAGCCGGCGCAGACAGCCCUAAUUCGUCCCAGCAGUUUCCAAAAUGGGGAGUUAACAGCAGCAGCCCCUCGUCCCGCGGCAGCCUGGAUGACACUGACAUGUGGACUACCUUCCGCCCACGCACAAGCUCUAACGCCAGCACGCUGAGCGGACGUCUGUCCCCCAUUGCUCCCGGACAGGAGGACGACGAUAACCUGCCUGAGGACGGACUGCUGGGAAGAUACACUGCCAGCAGCUUGACCCCCACCCUCACAGAGACCCUCAUGGAGGAGCUGGAUCUGAUCGAUGGCCUCACAUUGAUGACCGGGCAGCAGGGAGGGGCCAGCCCAAGUACAGCCCCACCUGCACCGCCCACUCCGUUGCCCUCCGCCUCCACCCUGCUGCCUCGCGGCUCCAGCUUCUCCUCCUUCCAUCAGCUGCAACCAUCCAGCCUCCCGCAGGCCACAACUCACACUGGGUCACAGGCCUCCAUCUCUCAGUGUGGACCCAGCAGCAAAGAGCCGUCAACCUUCAGCAACUCCCUCUUCAACCCCAUGUCCACCUCUGGCUCUCGUGGGGGCAGCCAUUACAGCACCCACGUGCCUUCCAGUCUGGAGGCGCUGCUCACUUCCGACUCCCCUCCUCCG